CUCCUCAGCUCAACACACACAUCCAUUGUACACAAACGGGCAGGCAGGCAGGCGGGCGGCUCACGCAUACACACGCACUCACACACAUGCAGCGCAGAUGCACACACACACACAUACACACAGCAUCGAUCGUGGCUCCUUUAAGAAAGCCUAAGCCAGAAUUAUCACCCCACCUCCUCUUGAUCUCCUCUAGACGCUUUUGCAUAAGAAAAUCAAGCCGGGAGCCGAGAGUGAUCAAAGAAAAGGAGAGGAGCGCUGCUUCAUUUUUAACUGUGAUUGUGAGCAUUAACAUUUAGGUGCUGCCGAUCCCGUGGAGACGCGCGUCGGACCAUCAUUCAUCCGCUACUUUUGACAAGCCCUCGCGUUUUGACUGACAGGCGGAGUGGCAAAAAGCCAUGAGAGUCGCCAGUUUUGUUUGAGGGGCUAUUUUAUUUCCACCCUGGUUUUGGAGACGGGAGCCCGGUGCCGCUGCCCCGAGGACAGCCGAGGACCUAUCCGCCGCGCCUGGGCUGAAAGUUGCACAGAAAGCGGGAGCUGGCUUCACCGUUCCGUGUGGGGAGAGAAAAAAAGGCAUACGGGAUUUUGGCUGAAACAUCUUCCCAUUUAUUUGGAUUUUCUUUCUGUAUUUCGUCUCCACCCUGGCCUCAGAGGGGAUUUACCUAAACUGAAAGGACGACCAGGGAGUGAGGAGGGUUAUGGCGCAACGGUACGAAGACUUGCCCCACUACGGGAUGGACGGGGUGGGCAUCCCGACCACCAUGUACGGAGACCCGCACGGCGCCCGGUCCAUGCAGGCGGUGCACCUCAACCACGGUCCCCAGCUGCACUCGCACCAGUACCCGCACACCGCCCACACCAACACCAUGCCGCCCAGCAUGGGCUCCUCCGUUAACGACGCUCUCAAGAGAGAUAAAGACGCUAUAUACGGGCACCCCCUGUUCCCUUUGCUUGCACUGAUUUUUGAGAAAUGUGAAUUAGCGACUUGCACCCCCAGAGAGCCCGGGGUGGCGGGAGGAGACGUCUGUUCAUCGGAAUCUUUCAAUGAAGACAUAGCAGUGUUUGCAAAACAGAUUCGGGCAGAAAAACCUUUAUUUUCAUCGAAUCCAGAAUUGGAUAAUCUGAUGAUUCAAGCCAUUCAAGUUUUACGAUUUCAUCUUCUGGAGCUGGAGAAGGUACACGAGCUGUGUGAUAAUUUCUGUCACCGGUACAUCAGCUGCUUGAAAGGCAAGAUGCCUAUCGACUUGGUCAUAGACGACAGAGAGGGCGGGUCCAAAUCAGACAGCGAGGAAAUCACAAGAUCGGUGGCCCUAGAUCAGACGUCCUGGAACAGAGAUCAUGACGACACGGCAUCCACACGCUCCGGAGGAACACCGGGACCAUCCAGCGGUGGACACACAUCACACAGCGGCGACAACAGCAGCGAGCAGGGUGAUGGCCUGGACAACAGCGUAGCUUCGCCGAGCACAGGGGACGACGACGACCCAGAUAAGGAGAAGAAGCGCAACAAGAAGAGAGGGAUUUUCCCAAAGGUGGCCACCAACAUCAUGAGAGCGUGGCUCUUCCAGCACCUAACACAUCCCUACCCCUCAGAAGAACAGAAGAAGCAGCUGGCGCAGGACACAGGCCUCACCAUCCUACAAGUGAACAACUGGUUCAUCAACGCCAGGAGGAGAAUAGUGCAGCCCAUGAUCGACCAGUCAAACCGUGCAGUAAGUCAAGGAGCUCCCUAUAAUCCAGAUGGCCAGCCGAUGGGGGGCUUCGUCAUGGACGGCCAGCAGCACAUGGGAAUCAGACCACCUGGACCAAUGGGUGGAAUGGGCAUGAACAUGGGCAUGGAAGGUCAGUGGCACUACAUGUAGCCCCACCCCAGUGAGACCAAUCACAACACAAAGGGGGAUAACUGCAAGGCAAACCAGGGGGAUCAUGUGUCUCACAGAGGACUAUGGAGCUUGAGAUUGGGAUUCCCUGACUUCCUCAUGACAACAACAACCAACAGCAGCCCCUCUGUUCACCUCCAGGACCCGACAACGUUUUAUUCGGCCGACAUCUGCAACACGGAGACCAUCCACGACUGUCUACAAUCCUCGUCUAUGCGUCCAGAAAAGGUGACGCAUAGAUUAACAAGUCCGACGAAUCCCCCCCUCCGGUCCUGACAGACUCCUGCUUCUUCACUAGACUUGGCCCCCGCUAGGUUCACAUGGGUUCUCCAUUCAAGUGAUUGUGAUUGCGAGCAUUGAUGACACACCAGAGACACGUUGGGUGGUUCGUCUGUACCUUCGGUGAACAUGGCGCCCGAUGAUUCAUUCUUGACUCUUUGGCAAACAAAAAAACAGACUUCCUUGGAGGAGCGCUCCACUCUUUGGGACGAUGGAAUUGGACCAAAGAGAAGCCAAUGUCUGUAUCUGACAGGACACUAACAAAGCAAAAAGAGGUGCCCUUUAAAAAAAAAUAUAGUGGAUUGAAACCUGGAAGGAGGGAAAGCAAGAGAAAAAGAAAUUAAAAGUAUAACUAUAUCAAGCCCUAGCUUGGGAAGCAAGUGGAGAAAGAAAAUAUACUGUAUACUGUUGUAAAAUUACGCUGGACUCUCACAAGAACUGGGAAUUUAAGUAUUGUAAAUGCUAUUGUAUUGUUCUGCAUAUUAUGUUGUUUCUAAUAGAUUUUUUUAAAAAAAGGAUGUGAACUUUUUUCUCUUUUUUUUCUGGUUUCUUUCCACACUGUGUGUGUGUGUGCCGUCUCUCCAUCAAGUUUUACCCCCCUGCCUCCCUCCCUUCCAUCCAGUCACUGCUUUUUUAAAGGAAAAAAACGUGAAUAAAUGAACAAUUGGAUCAUUUCUCGCAGGCCUUUUUUUGAAUUGUAAAAGAGAGCGUGAUGGUGGUUCAGAUAUCCUGUUUUAUUUCUGUUUUUGUUGAAACAUACAGUACACACAGCCCCUUUACUUACAUGCAGGGUGCAGCUAAUUGUAUUACUGUUGCUUUUGUCUACACCUUGUAACUCCAAUUUUGGUGAUUUUUUAAUAUUUUCAUAUCAUUUUAUUAUAUGCUUCUCUACUGGUGGACAGUUUUUAAUGGUAUAGAGAAAUGACCUGACCGUUCGGGGUCGUCGGCACACUGACCCCGAGCUAAACACAGUUUCUAGCGGCUAAUAUUUUGGAUGUUUUUUAAUCUGACUGUCCAGUUUUUAAAAUUUUAUUUCAUCCAUUUUACAUUCAUGAGGACGUAACGUAGGUGUCGACAUGGCCAGAAACACAACUCCGGUCAAAGCUAACAAACAAUCUAAAAAAUAAAAAAUUCACUGUGGAUGGGGAAGUGUGAGUGUGUGUCCCGCAAACAUGUUGCUUCCUGUUUUUCUCCAUGUGUGUUUGUGAUCCAGGGGCCUCUGAAUGCCUAUUCCAGUGUCUUAUUGAUGUGUUUUAUGUCACAUGGCUCAGCACUUGCAUGGCCAAUGGAUUCUCUUCCCCUCAUCGUUUGAUGCGGCCUGAUAACAGGGAGAGGCAGAGGCUAUACGGGAAAACACCAUUUAUACCACAGUCCAUUCAUUUUGAUUUAACCAGAUGAUGUAAUGCUGAUCAACAGACAGGGGAGAAUGUAAAAGUCACUCUGUGUGUGUGUGUGUGUGUGUGUGUGUGUGUGUGGCAGUAUGCAUGUGUGAGGGAACGUGUGUGUCAGGGUGUGUGUGUGUGUGUGUGUGCAUACGUGCUCAUGUGUGUUAUCAAUGCUUCCAUUAUCCAUUGCUUCAAACAUGUAUUACGCACAUCUUUAAAAAUCCUUUGAAGACAAGUCAUGAUUCUUAUGCUUUUUCUUUGAAGGGUAUAUAUGUACAUCUGUGUUGUAAAUAAAUACUUUUUGUUGAAAUAACAGAA